CUGCCCGGCCCGCCUCGAGGGCCUCCGCCGCUCCGGCCGCCAGUCCACCUCCGAGCGCCCGCAUGCGUACACGACACGAUCCCCCAGUGAACUGUGCUAAAUGGAACUGAACGUUCAAUGUUAAAGAAACAAAGCUACGAAGAGAAAGAAGUGAAUAUGGCGAUAGAAAGUGUUUCGAGGUACCCCAGAAGCCCAGCGGAGGCUACGGAGCCACCGAAGCCUUCGAGGAUAAGCUUUAGCGUGGCUUCCAUACUCGCGGACACGAAAGCUAACGAAGAGACUGCUGAAGUUCUGAGGCAUCAUAGGAGUAUUCCGGAAUCUCCUCUAAGACAAUCGCCGUCGGCUCAGCCCGAGCUGCCGGGUGGAAAGUCGUUGUCUCCACGGCCUUCUUCACAAACGCCUCCUUUGAAUUUGAACGCCUCAGCGACGGUGACGUCUUCGGAUGACGAAUACGAAGACGGUUCGAUAGUUGACGUGGAAGAUUUAAAUUUGCGGAACGGUCAGAGUGAGGACGAGGAGCGAUCGAAGGAGGAGAGGUUAGGGCCGGUGCGGCCGACGCCGUUCAGCGCGCUGGCAGCGGCGGCGGCGGCGUACCACGGGCUGGGCGGCUGGCCCGGCGCGCCCUCCGUCGUGCCUUCCUUUGGACCUCUGUUCCCUCCACACUUCAACGUUGGACACAUAACGGACGUCAACGGCGGCCCUCCGAAGCUAAAAUGCAACCUGCGCAAGCACAAGCCGAACCGCAAGCCGAGAACACCCUUCACAGCGCAGCAACUUAGAGCGCUCGAGAGCAAAUUCGUCGAGAAACAGUACCUUAGCAUCGCUGAGCGCGCCGAGUUCUCGUCCAGCUUAGGGUUAUCUGAAACUCAGGUAAAAAUCUGGUUUCAAAAUCGCCGAGCGAAAGCGAAGCGAGUGCAAGAAGCGGAGAUCGAGAAACUAAAAAUGGCGCAGUUCUCUCGCCACCCCCACCACUUGUAUCCCCACCCGCUGCAACAGUACUUCCACCCACAUCCCCUGAUGGGGGGCCGACCUAUGCCCCCGAUGGGCAUGCCGCCCCAUUUAGGCAUGGUUCAGAGCCCCGUGUCAGGGGGAUCGCCAUCACCUAGUACGCAAACUGGUCCGCAAUAAGAAUAUGAUAAAAAUGUGGGUCUGAUGAGUAAAAUGAAGAAUACAAA